AAGCAAGCAGCGUUGGUGGAGGAAGACACGCCGGGAGCUGCAUCAUCGGGUGUCUUCCUGCCUCUUGACACAGAGCCAGGAGGCAGGACCCGCUCGCCGAAGCCUCUGCACCAGAAGGUGCCUGGAAGGGGCGAGGGGAUCAGUUUAGCUCGUGUGCUCUCUCCAAGACUCAGAUACAGUCGGGAUCUCAGCAUGAGAGUUCCUCACAGAGGUGGAUGGACAGCAAGCAGAAGCUGAAGGCACUCAGAUCUUCUCUCCUGGACUCUCCCGCACAGUAGACCGUUGCAAUGGUCUCACCCCGCCACUCUUAACUCUGGUCGCCGGCAAACUUUUCCUUUCAUACGUUGCUCCCUUCCCUCAAGCCUUUGCAAUAUUCCGGGCCGGGAGCUCCGCGGCCAUGGAUGAAGCUUGGACCUCCGGGGCUCUGCCAGGAACGGGGCAGAGGGCCUUGGGCGGCGCCGGCAAGGGUCCCGGGGAGUGGAGGAGGCCGGCGGGCUCCCAGGACCUGACCGAGAAGUGCCGGGUCAGCUCGGACCUGAGGACGUCCACCUCCUCCACCUCGUCCCUCAACUGCUCGUCCCCCGAGUCGGAGGACGAUGUGUUCAGCGACGAGGGCCAGAGUGACAAGGACAAGCCAGGAAAGAGGGGACUGCUGCGGAAGACUAAAUCGUGGAAGACCUUUUUCACUGUGGUGCACUGGACCCGCCGAAGACCAAACUCAUGGGUCCAACUCGCAGGGCAUGAAGGUCACUUCCGCCCCAGCGAAGCCGGCUACAUCCUGAAGAAAUUCAGCGUGAACGAGAGCCGGUGCCUGGAGCGGCUCAUGGACGACGUUCUCAAGCCCUACGUGCCAGCGUACUACGGAGUGGUGGAGAAGGACGGCGAGCAGUUCAUUCAGAUGGAGGAUCUCCUGAUGGGGCUCAGCCUGCCCUGCAUCAUGGACUGCAAAAUGGGCACACGGACCUACCUGGAAGAGGAAGUGGCAAGUUCCAGGCAGAAGAUCAGCCUCCGCAAGGACCUGUACCAGAAGAUGAGCAAGGUGGACCCGAAAGCCCCCACCGAGGAGGAGCACAGCCUGGCCGGGGUGACCAAAGUACGCUACAUGCAGUGGAGGGAGACCAUGAGCUCCACAGCCAGUCUUGGCUUCCGCAUAGAAGGAAUAACGAUGGAUAACGGAGCGGUCCAUAAAGACUUCAAGCACACAAAAGCCAGGGAACAGAUCAUCACAACUCUGGUCCGCUUCACUGAAGGCCACCUGGAUAUCCUGGAAGGCUACUUGAAUCGGUUACAAGCUAUCAAGGAGGCAUUACAGCAGUCUCAAUUUUUCAAGUCUCAUGAGCUUAUUGGCAGCUCCCUGCUGUUCAUCCACGAGAAGAAAGGACGGGUCAACAUCUGGAUGAUCGAUUUUGGGAAGACGACGGGCCUGCCGGAGGGCCAGACCUUGCAACACAACCUGGCCUGGGAGGAGGGGAACCGGGAGGAUGGUUACCUGCUAGGACUCGACAACCUGCUUGGCCUCUUCUCCGAAAUUGUGGCCAGGCAAGCCACCCCGACUGAACCAAGUGGCCAGGACUAGGAGAGGUCGUUGGCCCAAGUAGGGAGGGGCAGUUUCAACCUAGCAGACACCAGGUGAAUCAUUUCAUGGCCACAUGUUGAAUGCUAUGGAGGGAGAUUACCUGAUUGGUCUCUGCCAGCGUAUCUAACAGAAUAAAGCUGCCUCUACACUGUCCCCAUCAAACACUCCCAGGGCAGGUAUAGCACGGGGUUAGAUACAGAGUAAAGCUCCCUCUUUACCGCCCCCAUCAAACACUCCCAGGACAAGUACAG